AUGCGACCUGUCCGCGGAGAUGAGGCCGAGGAUCUCGCGAAGUGGAAACCCAUGAUGAUUCUUGACAAAACACUAUAUGGCCCUGCUUACGUCGAAAGUCUUGUAGCUCGAGAUCCAGGACUUGUCACCAGCAAAACCUCCGUUCGGAAGACAUUACCUCUUGAGAUUUGGUACAUCAUCCUCGACAUCAUUACCGACGAUCCAAGCCUACACGACUUCGCUAUUGUACGAGCUAAUUGUAUCGAGAUUGGAGGCAAAAGGGGCCGGGUGCUCGUAUGUAAUAGGGUGAACCAAUGGGCAUCGCUCGGAGCACUCAGAGAUGAACAUGAGGUUGAAGAGGCCAACAAGUAUCUGGCCCGACCAGAUCUGACCUUCCGUCUCUUACCUAAUCCCUUCCAUCUCGAUGGCGCAUCCCAGCCUUGGGAAAUCCCUAGCCUGCUCUUCUCCUCUAAGAUCAAGUGUCUCCACGUUGAAAUUACCGUUCCGGACUUCAUUAAGCACUUCGAAGAUGGCAAUUGCCAUUGCUGCUCCAACACCCGUACAAUACAUCGUCAGAUCUACAAAACGAUCGGCGGCCUACAAGAAUUUCAACGGGUCACCUGGUCUAUGUUUAUGCCUGUCAUGUGUCCAGUGUGUGUUGGAUUGGAGGCUUUCGAGCGAUGCACCGUGGUAUUCGGGCGCUCAAAGGCAGGAGCUUACUUGGCUUGGCUCAAAGAGGAAUUGAUGAAGUUGCUUGAAUCGGAGGAGCCAUUCAAUGAAUGCCUCGCCGAAAACAUUAGGAUAACAUUUAGGAUGCUACUGUAA